GAUCAUCAAAAACCGUAAGUUUAGCAUAAUAAUUUUAAGGCUAUGUGAAUCUUAUAUCUUGGACCUCUGCGAUUUCUCUACAGGGAUAAAUAUGUUUUGUUUAGUUGUGCUUGUCGUGGAAUUCCUUCUUCUCACUAAGCUCAAGGCGUCACCGACAGAGAAUUGUAACGCAGUAGUCUCCAGUACUUGUUUACAACAGUGCAGAAAUAGGUCCCCAUGUAGAUGCGGCUUCACAUCCGGGGAUUCGCGUUAUACCACGUGCAACCAGACCUGCCACGACUCCAGCUGCAAGAUCAUGACGUGUUCAUCUGGGACUUGUUUCCAGCAAUGCCGUGACUGUCACAUGGAGUGUACAAGUGGCGUGGAUUUUUGUAGCCAGCGGUGUCUUUCUGGAGCAUGCUCUUUUGUGUGUGAAGCUAAGAGCUGUGUUCAAGAGUGUAAAGGACAGGAAUGUGAUCAUGAGCACGUGACCCCAAUAUGUCGAACCAUUAUUCCAAGUGUUUAUCUUUUGGUGCUGGCGGGUCUCUUCGCGGCGACCACCAUUUUGUCUUUCUGGGCGCUGAUGUUGUCAUUUAGAGAAAUGAAAAAUUGGGAUAGGCGGGAAACCUAUUUCAGAGUUAAAAGCAACAGUAGCAGUCUUGACAGUCUGUGUUCUGUAGAUUUAAAAGAUCCUUAAAGAAAAACCAGUCACAAUCAUAACUUGGAGAUUCAGAGUGAGAGACUGGGGCGAUAGAUUCUAUUAACCCGCGCGUGACAUUAUGGUGUGUGUGACUGCGUCGA